AUGUAUUACCAACGAUGGUUAUGCUUGCAGUGGUGGUUAUUCUUUUUAAUUAUUACUGUAUUAGGUGAUCUUUAUGAUUUUCAUUAUCCGUCAUCAUCACUAUCAUCAUCAUCAUUAUCAUUAUCAUCAUCGUCAUCAUCGUCAUCAUCAUUAUCGUCGCCAUCUUAUCUUCGAAGAUUAGCCAACAGAGACGGUUUAAUUCGUGAACGUGAUGGAACGCAUAGAAUUAUGAAAAUUUAUCAUUAUGAUAAUUUAACUGAUUGUGAGAGCGCAUGCGAAAUUCCGUGUGGUACAACUUACGUGAUCCGUAAUGAUAUCGAUGAACGGCGACAAUUUAUUUGUAUGCAACGUAAAACACCUGUUGUUUCAUCAUUCAUUAAUAUUAGCACUACCGGCAUCAUUCCAUUUAUAUUAGCUGCUGCAGUGAUAUUAUGUUGUUUAUUGCUAAUUACCUGUUGCUGUUGCAUGCGUUGCGGUUCUGCAUGUUGCCAAAAAAUGUGCCAUUCAAGAAAUUCAUCAAAUGAUCCUUUGGUGAAUGGUGAAUUUAGGGAAACGCUCGAUUCAAAGGAUAUUGGAUAUUUAAGAAAAGAAGCUGACAGGAAGAUUAUUACUGUAUAA